CAGUGAAAAGACAUUUGGGAAGCGACGUAUAAAAGCCCCCACCGAAAUCUAAGCAAUUAUCGCAGACGAAACUACCCGAAGAAUCGAAAUCGAGCGGCGAUGGCGGUCGGCAAAGAGAACGCGGUGGCGGGGGAAGUCGAGAUUCUGAAGCCGCGUACGGACAAGAGAGAGUACCGGAGAAUUGUGCUCAAGAACUCGCUCCAGGUCUUGUUGAUCAGCGAUCCGGAGACCGACAAGUGUGCUGCUUCGAUGGAUGUCGGUGUUGGAUCCUUCUCGGACCCAGAAGGACUUGAAGGGCUUGCUCAUUUCCUAGAGCAUAUGCUGUUUUAUGCUAGUGAAAAGUACCCGGAUGAAGAUAGUUACUCAAAGUACAUCACAGAGCAUGGAGGCAGCACAAAUGCUUUUACGGCGACUGAGCAGACAAACUACCAUUUCGAUGUCAAUGCUGACUGUUUUGAAGAGGCGUUGGACAGAUUUGCCCAGUUCUUUAUCAAACCACUGAUGUCAGCUGAUGCCACCAUGAGGGAGAUCAAUGCUGUUGACUCUGAAAAUCAGAAAAACUUAUUGUCUGAUGCAUGGCGAAUGCACCAGUUGCAGAAGCAUUUAAGUAGGGAAGACCAUCCAUUUCACAAAUUUAGCACAGGAAAUUUGGAUACUCUUCAUGUACGACCCCAAGCAAAAGGAGUGGAUACAAGGAGUGAGCUUAUUAAGUUCUAUAAUGAACAUUAUUCUGCUAACAUCAUGUAUUUGGUUGUAUAUGGGAAAGAAAGCCUUGAUAAAAUUCAAGGUCUUGUAGAAGCGAAGUUCCAAGAUAUCCGAAACACCGACAAGGGUAUCACUAGAUUUCCUGGCCAGCCUUGUGCUUUGGACCAUUUACAGAUUCUUGUCAAGACUGUUCCCAUUAAACAAGGCCACAAGUUGAAGAUUGCAUGGCCUGUAACUCCUAGCAUUCAUCAUUAUAAGGAAGCACCAAGCAGGUACCUGGGUCACCUUAUUGGCCAUGAAGGCGAAGGAAGUUUGUUUCAUGCCCUAAAAACUUUGGGUUGGGCAACGGGACUGUCUGCUGGUGAAGGAGAUUGGACACUAGAUUAUUCUUUCUUCAAGGUUGCGAUCGAUCUUACUGAUGCUGGUCAUGAGCAUAUGCAAGAUAUUUUAGGGCUGUUGUUCAGAUACAUUCAGCUUUUGCAACAGUCUGGUGUUUGCCAGUGGAUUUUUGAUGAGCUUUCUUCUAUUUGUGAGACGAAAUUCCAUUAUCAAGACAAAGUGCGACCAAUUUCUUAUGUAGUGGAUAUCGCGACAAACAUGCAGAUAUAUCCAAUCAAGGAUUGGCUAGUUGGAUCAUCAUUGCCCUCUAAUUUCAAUCCAGCUAUUAUACAAAAGGUGUUAGAUGAGCUUUCUUCCAAUACUGCUCGACUCUUUUGGGAAUCAAAGAAAUUUGAAGGACAGACGGACAAGGUUGAGCCAUGGUAUAACACUGCUUAUUCUGUUGAGAAUAUUACCAGUUCCACCAUUCAGGAAUGGAUGCAGUCUGCGCCUGAGGUUAACCUGCAUCUACCAGCGCCUAAUGUCUUUAUUCCUACGGAUUUAUCUUUAAAGGAUGCUAAAGAUAAGGGCACUUGUCCAGUUUUGUUGAGAAAGUCACCCUUCUCAAGAUUGUGGUACAAGUCUGAUACAAUGUUCUCCACACCAAAGGCUUAUGUCAAGAUGGAUUUCAACUGUCCUAUAGCAGUCAGCUCUCCUGAUGCUGCAGUUCUUACUGACAUUUUUACACGGUUGCUGAUGGACUAUUUGAAUGAAUAUGCUUAUGAUGCACAGGUUGCUGGUCUGUAUUAUGGAAUAAGCCUCUCAGACAAUGGUUUUGAGCUGACUCUUCUUGGUUAUAAUCACAAAUUGAGGAUCUUGCUGGAAACUAUUGUUGAAAAAAUUGCAAAUUUUGAAGUUAAACCUGACAGGUUUUCUGUUAUCAAGGAAACGGUCACUAAGGAAUAUGAAAAUUUCAAAUUCCGACAACCGUAUCAGCAAGCCAUGUAUUAUUGCUCAUUAAUAUUACAAGAUCAGACCUGGCCUUGGACAGAAGAACUUGAUGUUCUUUCCCAUCUGGAGGCGGGGGAUGUAGCAAAGUUUGUUCCAUUGUUGUUGUCAAGGACAUUUUUCGAGUGUUAUGUAGCAGGUAAUGUUGAGAGUAAUGAAGCUGAGUCGAUGAUCAAGCAUAUCGAAGAUAUUCUCUUUCAGGAUCCAAAACCCAUCUGCCGACCAUUGUUUCCAUCCCAACAUCUAACAAAUAGGGUUGUAAAGCUCGAGAAAGGAAUGAAAUACUUCUACCAUCAAGAUGGAUCAAACCCUAGCGAUGAAAAUUCUGCAAUUGUGCACUAUAUUCAGGUUCAUCGAGAUGCUUUCAUCAUGAAUGUUAAACUUCAGCUUUUUGCUCUGAUUGCAAAACAAGCAACCUUUCACCAGCUUAGAACAGUCGAGCAACUUGGUUACAUCACUGCCCUUGCCCAGAGGAACGAUUCUGGCAUCCAUGGUGUACAGUUCAUUAUCCAGUCCUCAGUAAAGGGUCCUGGACAUAUUGAUUCAAGGGUGGAGUCAUUCCUCAAGAACUUUGAGAGUAAGCUUUAUGAGAUGAGCGUUGAGGAAUUUAAGAGCAAUGUAACAGCUUUGAUAGAUAUGAAGCUUGAAAAGCACAAGAACUUGAAGGAGGAAUCCUGGUUUUACUGGCAAGAAAUCCAAAAUGGAACCCUCAGAUUCAAUCGUAGAGAUGCAGAGGUUGCUGAACUGAGGAAGAUCACACAGCAAGACUUGAUCGGUUUCUUCAAUGAUCACAUAAAGGUUGGAGCUUGCGGCAAGAAAUCCCUGAGCAUUCGCGUAUACGGGAGUCCACAUUUGUCGGAAAUGCCGUCAGACAAAGAGCAGAUCCCGUCGCCAUCAGUCGAAAUCAAGGACGUUUUCGGUUUCAGGAAGUCGAGACCUCUUUACGGCUCGUUCAGGGGAUGUGGCCAACUGAAACUGUGAGAGAAAAGAGUUGGGAGUCUUAAACUAAAGACAGCUUCAUUUCAUUGCCCCUAUUCAAUCGAAUGACAGUGUUCUUUUUCACUUCCUUUUGUGUACUUCCAAAUGUGUUCAUACUGGAUUUUACAUGGACUGUAUUAUAUAAUAUGUUCAUACUGGAUUUGCCUUUUGGGAUUUGGGAUUUGGUUGUUGGCCUUUGGGAAUAAGACCGGGUGGAGAGAGAGUAACUUUUAGUUGUAUUUUACUGGUGUUAGGAUUAUAGAUUGUACCAUGCAUGAUCUUCGUAUUCGGGCGCCCAUAUGUAUACGGUGAUAUUCAUA